CUUCAAGAAACAUAGCCCCGCGCCUCUGUCCUCGCUCCUGCAUCGCUCGUGCCAGUUUUCUUUCGGAACGGCUCCAGAGAAGAAGUAUUAAAAAGGGGGGGGAUACGAGACGAGAGAGACGGUCGAAACGGAAGAAUUUGUUGGCCGAUCACGGGAAUCAGCUCAGCACUGUUUAGAAACGAGGCGUUAGAAAGAAACAGGUUGGCGUGACGUUCUAUCGCGUGGAAAUUCGAUGGCCGAGAGAGCCGAGGAUAGACGACGGCGUAUGCUGUGAAGUCGCGCAUCGGAAAGUAGGUUCGACUCGGCUCGGCUCCGCGUAAGAAGAAGAAAGAGUGUCGAGGUAGGAGCGAGGAAGAUCACGUAUAUAGAGAACCUAAGAGAACGAAAAAGAACGAGACUCAAAAAGGAAGAAAAGAAAGAGGUGUGCGACGAGGACGCGUCUGUGAGUCGCGCGAGAGGCGAGAGCGACAGAGCGGCGUGUAGUGAAAGCCGCGGUGAACCAGAGCGAGAGAAAAAUUCGGCGGUAACCGGUAGUACCGAGGCUGCCAAGGUGUUCCGGAGUGCAGCAGCAGCGGCCCAGGAUGCUGCCCGACGGAGCAAGAAGAUGGCCGUGAUCGGCGAGCAGAGGUUCGAGGCUGCGACAGCCGGGUCGCCGUCCUCCUUGUCCUCGACUUCCUUGUUUCCCUCGCAUCGGCGUCGACCGAGGAAAAAGUCCACGCAUUCACCCGGACGAGCAGCAAUGUCAUCUUCACGGGGUAGCGGUCCGGAAUCGGGGGAGCUCAGCGACUCCGAGGACGGCUACUUGGACACGGUUCCCCUGAGGUACGAACUCAGAAAUAUACAGAAUGUGAUACACGUUACUCGCCAGAAUAUCGAUGCCCUGAACAACCAUAUUGCUGGAUUCCAACAACCGCCCCUGAUAUACCUGAACGAGUACCAGGAGCUGACCAGUAAGUUGCAAGAUCUGGAAUCUAAGCAGCAGAAACUGAACGAGUUGUUGAAUCCCAGUAGAGUAUCCGGCAGUGCUUCCACAUCUGAAAGCGAAUCUCGUGAGGCCAAUGCCAACAUCAGGGGUCAGAGAGUGCCUACGAGGUCUCUGCUCAGAGCUUAUUUACCUAAUCAACAGCGUACCAGCGUACAAGUACGUGAAGGGUUGCCACUGAGAGAUGCGCUUGCCAAGGCAAUGAAAUUAAGAAAUCUAACCACUGAAAUGUGUGUGGUAUACAUCUUGGGUGCCGACAACUCCAAGUAUCUCACAUCUUGGGACACAGACAUCUCUGUAUUAGACUGCGAUGAAAUAUCUGUGGAGAUUUUGGAUAAGUUUCCUAUAACCACUUCCAUUUCACACAAUUUUGUGCGUAAGACUUUCUUCACGCUGGCAUUUUGCGAUUGGUGUAGAAAACUGAUAUUUCAGGGAUUUUAUUGUAGAACGUGUAAUUAUCGAUUUCAUCAAAGGUGUACAGGAGGUGUCCCUGCGUUGUGUCAUCAAGUUCGUAUGCAAGAUGCUUACUAUCAGGCAUUGUUGGCGCACAAUCUCGAAAGUACUGCUGGGAUCCUGCAACUUCCACAGGAUUACGGUUUGAGCAGAAGUAUGUCGCCAUCGCUUGCUCCGUCAAGAACGCAGAGGCACCCACGUUCUUUGGGACAACAAGACCGUUCCAGCUCUGCACCUAACGUAUGUUUCAACAUGGUGAAACCCAGCGGAGAUUCUACUAAUUUAGACGAAUACAGUAGAUCUCAGAGCUUAGGUCGACCUGUCGGCAUCAUUCAGAGUGCAGUGUCUCCUGGUAGCAGUCCAACCAAGCACAGUCAGUCGACGCAAGCUAGUCCUACCAGUACUUUGAGGCCAAAACGACCGAGGGCAAGAUCAGCUGACGAAUCGUCGAAGAAUCUUCUAGCACCUAGGGAAUCGAUAGAAGACUGGGAGAUUCCAGCAGACGAGAUUUUGAUAGGAGCACGUAUCGGAUCUGGUUCCUUUGGGACGGUAUACAAAGCUCAUUGGCAUGGGCCCGUAGCUGUGAAAACGCUGAACGUUAAAAUACCCACUGAUGCUCAGUUACAAGCAUUUAAAAACGAAGUCGCAGUUCUGCGAAAGACACGGCACGUGAACGUGUUGUUGUUCAUGGGGUGCGUUAGCAAACCGCAGCUGGCAAUUGUUACACAGUGGUGCGAGGGCUCGUCUUUGUAUAAACAUUUACAUGUAUUCGAAUCGAAGUUCGACUUGUUCACGUUGAUAGAGAUCGGGAGGCAGACUGCACAAGGUAUGGACUACUUACAUGCAAAAAAUAUCAUUCACCGGGAUCUAAAAAGUAAUAAUAUAUUUCUGCACGACGACCUCACCGUGAAAAUCGGAGAUUUCGGCCUGGCUACUGCGAAGACCAGGUGGUCCGGUUCCCAGCAGUUCCACCAGCCGACCGGAUCUAUUUUGUGGAUGGCACCGGAAGUGAUCAGAAUGCAAGAGGAGAAUCCAUACAGCUUCCAGUCGGACGUCUAUGCGUUUGGUGUUGUUUUAUUCGAAUUGUUGGCUGGCCAGUUGCCGUAUUCGCAGCUGAAUAACAAGGAUCAAAUACUGUUCAUGGUCGGACGUGGGAAUCUGCGUCCUGAUCUAAACAAGUUGCGCUCGGACACUCCAAAAUCGUUGAAGAGACUGACGGAGGAUUGCAUCAAGUUCUCCAGAGAAGAGAGACCGAUAUUUCGUCAGAUUCUGGCUAGUUUAGAGAGUCUACAGCGGGGACUACCGAAGAUCACCAGAUCCGCGUCCGAGCCGAACAUGAACAGGACGCAGUUGCAAUCGGACGACUUCUUGUACACCUGUGCAUCACCAAAAACUCCAGUGAACUUCCAGUUCGGAGCAUUCUCCUUCUAUCCUUCCGGUGGGAACAUAUAAUAGGAAUAUCAUCUGGUAAUGAGUCUGAGUCUAAGACCGACACAGUUCCCAUAAAUUGAGAUAUUUAAACAAUUCAAUGGAGAAUAUCGUAAUAAACUUAGCUAUGAACAAUCUACGUAAUUCUUUUCGAACUACACUUUGACUGUGUUGCAUCCGUUUGCUCGAUGUAGAAUGUGAUUAUAAAAAUACUUAACGCAAGUAACGGGAGAAACGAGAAUAGAAAAGAAGGCUGGAAGAGAGAAAAAGAGAGAUAGGGAGAGAGAAAGAGAGAGAGAGAGAGAGAUGUCCAUCUUAAGCAGGAGGGUGUAGCUUUUAUCUUUACAAAACUUACUAUCUGCGCGAGGGGAGGGGAUUUUUAUUUGACAGAGUCCCCGUCGCGCUUGUAUAAACGCAUACUUGUAGAAAAAUGCGUGUGCACAACGCGCAGUCGGCGUUGGGGUCUCUGUUACAUUUGCGGAAUCCUUGUGAAGGAUGUAAAAAUAAAGUAAGUAAUAGAAGUAAACGGCAUUUAAUUCGCGUGGGCCGUCAUUCGUCUGUGGAAGUAUUUUUGCAAUGACCGAAGUGAUUUUUGUACCUUCUUCCUUCGUAUAUCGUCUUGAAUAUGCUCACAUGAGAAUUGUUCCUUUGAGUAACUUGUAAUUUAUAGUCUAACGCCAGGGAGUUGGACGUAUUUUCGACGUAGACUAAACUAACGGACGCUCUUUAGUGAUAGUCGCAACAAUUAUGUUCUACGAUAAUUAUCUUUUUCUUGUUCUUCUUUUAGUAGUUCUUCGCCAUACUAAGUAACGUAACCGACUGAUCAUUGUUUCUUUCUUUCUUUUUUCUUUUUCUUUUUUUAGUUCUACAUGCAAUCCGUCACAAAAGUCCACGUUUCGUUUUCUUACGGUUAUCAUCUUUGUUGCAACAACAAUAAACAAACUCGAACUUGUUUUCGUAGACGAAUAGAAUAUUGCCAUUUCACCGGGCACACGUAAAUUUUUGUGACCGACUGUAUAUAUUUGAUUCUGUGAGUUGAACCGGGGGAUACUCUUUCGAACGGUACCAAAAGAUUUUCAGUAACAUUGGAAUAACAAACGAAAGUCCAGGAAAAUGGUGGUACCCGUCGCUCGAUCGAUCGGUAGGAUCGAUCCAGCGAGUCGUACGUUUUGGCUUCGUGUACUUUUUCAGGGUUUGCCAAUGAUCAAGGCCUAAUUCAAUUCCUAUUGAUAUAAAAGUAUAACGAGCUCGUCGUCCGACGAUUUAACGAAACGAAAGUCAACCGAGAACUGUUGAAUCGUAAUGUAGAAGCGCAUCGAAGAAACGUUUAUCGAAACAACUUUGUAGUCGACUUGUGUAUUGUUCCUCGCACUUUUGUCUAUUUAUUAAUCUUUGUCGUUAUCUUCUGUAAGUUCUAUUCGCACCGGCCCUCGAGACCCGCGAUGCAGGAAGGGGCGCGAACUUCACUUCGAGAUCGACGGAUAACAAAUUGCUGUCCUCUGGCAAAGGAUAUUUCGAUCGGCAGAAGCAUUCGGAUCUAUAUAGCGAAAGUUUAUCGUGUCGUCUCGCUUCGCGUAUCGAAGUCAAUUCAAUUGUUGUUUAUAUUCUGUUUGUUCGGGGUUCGCACGAGCUUGUACGAUCGAAUACUUUCUGCCAGGGGCGGUAUUCGUUGGUGUUUGCGUCGAAGACUUUUGCGUUACACGUGGCGACUUAAGCUUCCUUGGUUACGGCUGGAACGUGUUCGACACAGCGGCCCUCGGCAGCAGCGAACAAGUACGGAGGAAACGUGCGCUGGCCACGAACAAACAGAGUCGAACUUCAACAAUCGGAGAAUCUCCGGGUCGGUGCAACGUCGCCGAGAACGUUCCUGCAGCCCUUUGUUGAUUCUUGCAAUUCCGUGCCGCCGUUUCCCGGCCGUGAAAAAGGCCUAACAACAAAUCUUCGAAAUUCGCUGGUUAAAGACGAAUCAAACGAUCUUAUUUCUAAAGCACCACGUGGCAGCCUCGAUUUAUUAUUUAUUUAUUUAUGGCGUAAUCCUUAGUGUGAUGAACUGCGAUCGAAAGAGAGAAAAACGUGGAGAAAAAAAGAAGAAUGACGGACAAACCGAGGGGAGAGCCAACGGUUAUCGAGAGAAAGAGAGAGAGAGUGUGUGUGUGUGUAAGGAAGAAAGGGAGAGCGAAUAUGUGUGAGAGAAACGACGCGGACUCCGGAAUCGUAGUAUAAAGAGGACGCGUGGGAGAAAGAGAGAGAGAACAAAAGGAAGAAAAGGGGUGAAACGAUAGGACGGGAGCGUUAACUGGAGCAAAGUAACGCACUCGUCAUCGUUAAUGACGUUUUCUCGUAACAGGGAAACAGUGAAUCAUGAAACAUAAUUAACGAUGCUGAAAAAAGUGUCGGAAAAAUAAAGGGAAAAAAAGAAGAGAAGGAGGACGUAGGGUAGCGGGGCGAUGAAGAGUUCUUAAUUGUUUUCCAAAAUUACCUGACGAAACAGCCUUCGAAACGACUAUGUACGCAAAACUCUUGCGACCAAUUCAUCUGUUUGUCUCUUUACGUCCGUUUGUCUCGACGAUACAUCGAUGGAUGAUUGAGAAAGUUCUGUUCAGUUGAUUACCAACGAAUCAUCGAGUAGGGGAUGAAACGUGUAGUUUCGACGCCCGAGCCUCGCGUCCUUCGCGAUCGAUAAUUCCUGUUUAUCAUUGUGAAAUUUUCGAACGUUGUUUUCUCGGAAGACAUUCCUCUGUGCAUUGCUUCGAUGUGUAUCGUCAUACACGUUAGAACGGUUUUCGUGCGGUUCCGAGCGAUUGAACGCGUUUUCGUGUCGUACUCGAAUCCUCAACGAGCAGAAACCACGAGAGUAGAUGUCGUCUCGGACUAAAGCUCCGAGCUUACAGCACCGAUUAUAAGCCGGGGGACUAUCGCUUGAUCCGAUCCUAUCGAAUCCCGCCCACGAAUUUCUGUAACGGGUCCGACACGGAACAAACGAUCCGCCGAGAUUUUUUUCGUUCGAUCGACGGUCGUCAUUCGCCGCGUCGCGUCGUCGUAAUUCAAUUUCGGCUUCGUUUUCGGUCAAAUCACGCUGAAGCUGCUGUCAACUGCAACGCGUUUCUUGCGACAAGAUGGCGUGGCUGAGAUUGGAGAUACUUAAUUCGAUCAAUCGUGACUACCGAUUGAUUAUUGUAUUCAACCAAAAAAAAACAAACAAAAAAUAAAAAAAAUUGACUCUUCAUGUAACGAA